AUAUUAUGGGCAAUUGUAAGUAAGACUAGGAAACGAACGAAUCUUGAGCUUACCCCAGGGGGGUAUGUGGAAUGAUGUACAACAUCGCUACAAUUUUGAGGUCACUUUCGGCUCUAGGAAUUGACGUCUCCCUCACCCUUUGGAUGGGUGCUGACCUAGACGUCAUCAUAAGCAGCCUCAUAAAUCAACCCAUGGCGGAGAUAUUGUAUGAUUCGCUUGGAAUGAGGAGAGCCUUAGCUCUCUGGUAUUUUGUUAUCUUAGCGCAGUACGACUUACCAGCAUGUGAUGCGUCCACAGACUAAUCACAGAGCAGGUAUACAACGGGAUCCAGUUUUUAAAAAAAAAUCCAAU